ACCAUUUGCUUUGCUGCUUCCUCCAUGUCAUAUCAUAUCCGUUCCAAACACCCACGGACAGAGAGAGAGAGAGAGAGAGAGAGAGAGAGAUACUAUUAUAAGUUGCUAUGGCGGAACAACAGAGGUAGGUAGAGGAUAUAGAGAGAGAGACUAUUAUUUCUUUGUUCUCUUCCUCUCUUUUUCCUCCUCAUAUCCUCUCCCCCAAUACCCCUAGUCUCUCAAAAACUCGAGACUAUAUCAUCAUAUUCCUCUCUCUCUCUUAAUCUCCGCUUAAUUUUGCUGAGGUUUUUAUUGCAGUUCUAUCUUUGUUCCCUGCGUUGAUUAGGGUUUUUUUUUUUUUUUUUUGCUUGGAUUUUUGGAAGCCAUCACUAUAUUGGGGAAGUGUUUAUAGAAAGAGAUGUUGUUUCUAGUAGUUGCUGCGUGUAUUGCGUUUCUUGCUGGGGUUUUGGUUGGAUGGGUUUGGAAACCCACAUGGUGGAACUUUAGGGUUCAUGAUAUUAAUGGCGAAUUCAGUCGUUCGACACUGUCUUCUUCACCGUCUGUUGUAAUUUCUUCCCCUGUAAGUAGUCUUGGUUCGACCCAGAGCUUGAUUUCGAGGUUUGAAUCUACUGCCAUGAAAGAUGGGUUGUAUAAGGACCAAAUUUCUUUGCCUUUCACCGAAGAAGACACCAAUUGCAGUUCAUUGCAGCUGAAAAAAGAACAGUCCGUUGUGGUGACAGAAGAGGAUUUAGAACAUUUAUGCAAUCUUGUUGAGAGGAAAGAUGGAGGUCCCCCUUGGAAACAUAUGAUGGACCAUUGUACCCCCACUAUGAGCUACCAAGCAUGGCAAAGAGAUCCAGAGACCGGUCCUUCUCAAUAUUGCACAAGAACUGUCUACGAGGAUGCGACCCCUGAACAAUUAAGAGACUUCUUUUGGGAUGAUGAGUUCCGAUUGAAAUGGGACAACAUGAUUGUACAUUGUGCUACUUUAGAAGAAUGCAAAACCACAGGAACCAUGGUAGUGCAUUGGAUCCGGAAGUUUCCAUUUUUUUGUAGUGACAGAGAGUAUACAAUAGGCCGUCGAAUAUGGGAAUCAGGAAGAUCGUAUUACUGUGUGACAAAGCAGGGAGUGCCCUGCGCUUCUGUUCCAAGGCGGGACAAACCAAGACGUGUCGACAUUUACUAUUCAAGUUGGUGCAUUCAAGCAGUGGCGUCAAAGAAAGGGAGUGAACUGCCAAGUGCUUGUGAGGUGAUACUUUUCCAUCAUGAAGAUGUGGGUGUCCCAAAGGAAAUUGCAAAAUUUGCAGUAAGGCAGGGGAUGUUGGGAACUGUCAAGAACAUCGAGCGUGGUUUACGUGCCUACCAGAAGGCCAGAUCAUCUGGGGCACCACUCUCUCAGUCUGCAAUUUUGGCUGGGAUCAACACAAAACUUAAUCCAGCAUACUUGAAAUCCUUGGAAAGUGCUGAAGAUUCAUCGGAGAUUGAAGUACCCGGUUCACCUGAGAACCCUGGGGGUCUGAUAAUACCAAAACUUGUGAUUUUUGGAGGGGCUAUUGUCCUUGCUUGUACUCUUAAUAGGGGCCUACUGAGUAAGGCGAUUGUUUUUGGUGUUGCCAAAAGGUUUGGAAACAUAGGAAGGAGAUUAUAGGAUGGAAAUUGUAUGUGACCACAAAUUGCUGUAGUUUAGUGAAAGAGAACAUAAAUGUCCUUGUUGAAAACAUAAAUUUUUGUUUUAGGUGGCACACUGUUUUUUGCUCAAUCACACUAUGUUCGGUUUCUUGUCU